UCACUCGCCACCCAACAUUUGCCGAUCUCCGACUUGACAACAUCCGGGCGCGACGCUGCCUGCUAGUAACACAACAUAGCCACUCGACAUGGGGCUGUUCACUGCAGCCCCGGAACAGUGCUACUUCUGCGGCUCCGCAGUAGGUCCCCCUUCUCGGACGCGGCUAGCAUGGUCAUGUUCUGCAUGCGGAUGCUGGAACGGGAGAGACCGCGCCGGACAGAUCGAUGGCGACCACCCCGCCAUGCGCGACAGCGCGAUGAACGAGGCGAGCUUUGCACGACGCGCCCAUCCCUCCUCCGCGCGCCUGCCCACUGCGUCCUCUGCAGCUUCGCCUUUCUGUCACACAUGCCAGGCGAACCAGACCCUCGUCCUCAACCUUCUCGCGACGUACCUCCCCGCCGAGAGUGAUCCGACGUAUGCUGAGAGAGUGGCCGGCUUCGAAGCUUACCGUACAUCACUGAACGAACGCUACCCCCAGGUCUGCGCCGCAUGCCAACCGGGAGUGGAUGCAUGGCUGAAACGCGCCGACCAGCGCGCCCAAGCGGAAGCGUUCGGGAGCGCUCUGAGGCGCAGCGUCGACACGACGCGGCGCUCCGGGCCGAGUUGGAUAGAUGUGGGCGUUUGGCGGGUACGAAGCCUUGCGUGGGCACUCGAUAUGUUUGCCGUCAUAGGCAUUGCGUUGUCCGGUUGGGCCGCUCCUAACGUCCUCUUUCGGGCAUUUCAAUCCCACACGACCGCUGUGCUCGCGGUGCGCCUUUGUGCGAUCCUCUGGGCCGUGUGGGACCCAACAUGGCUUCACGCUGCACGUGAGCGACGUCCCGCUCACGGCAGGCGAGUGUGGGUCGGUACAAUGCUCGGCCUCUACGUCCUCCGCCUCGCUAUCGCCUCCGGCAUCAUUUGGGGCUUGCCUGCCAGCUGGAUCACGGCUGCCGCUGCUCUGGACAUCACCAUUGUGAUAGCAGCCCUUACGCGUCGGCGCGAUACUUCACGCAUACAGCUGACGCUUGUGCGGCCGGUCCGCAUCGAGGCACAUUCUCAAACCCUUCCCUCUUCUCAGCAUCCUUCCACUGCAUUGCACCACCCAGCUCCUUCUCUUUCUCAUUCACAAGCCUCACCCCAGCGCUCUCGUCCUUCUGCAGUGUUCGGACAACCCUCUCUUGCUUUACCUGAGCGAUCGGAUGAGCCGAUGGAUUGGGAGCCAACGCACAGCGACUGGGACGGCUUUGGUGUCGGCACGCAACGAAUGUUCGCAGCGGCCGAGUCGAACGAGACAGGCCUCGAGGCGCUACUGGCAACUUGGGGUCUGGGUGGCGAGCCGGUUCGCGAGCGGCCACAAGCCGCUUGGGGGCGAUAUGAGCGGGGCAGGUGGGGCGAGCAGCGCAAGCAAGGCUCAGGUGGCGUAUUCGCAAUCCCGCAACCAUCUACACCGCCAGACGUGCUGCGACCUCUGCGGGAUUCACGUAUUGUGCUGGUCAUGCUGCGCGUGGCCGCCUUACUUGCCGUGCUAACAGGCCUGCCAACUGAGAUUGCGCUGAAGGCACUGCUCGGCCUGGAGGUUGCCGCGUCAACCGUCAUGCUCGGCGCAGCGCUGCCUUCCCGCUCUUGGUGGCUUGCUCUUUACGCUUUAGACGCGGGUGUGCGUGCUGUCGUCCUUUUCUUGCCCAGUGUUACCCCUUUGCCUGAGGCGCUGAGGGCGCAGGCACCAGCCAUUGAGUGUGUUGUGUGGGCUUUGUUAGACGCGGCCCUCCUUCUGACAUAGAUGCAUAUCUUGUGAUGCCUGUG